AUGUCGGAUACUGAAAGUGACGAACUGACAAAUGACACAUCUGUUGAUACUAUAUCCACGUGUAAUAUAUACAAGAGUUUCAUCAGAUGCACAAAGUGUACAUGGUUAGGACAUUGUGAUCAACUUAGUGAUCAUUGGAAAACAUGUGCAUAUAUGACUCGACCACCGCCAGUUAAAAAAAUGAAAUCUCGAUGUCGUGAUGAACUUAAUGAUCAUUUGAAAACAUGUGCAUAUAAAAUUCGACGACCACGAGUUAUCGAAAUUAUAUCUCGUAAUGAGCACCUUUCCACACAGGUUGAUCAAUACAAAGAUCGAAUAAAAAAAUUGGAAAUCGAAGCUGUAGAAGCGAAUAAAACUAUCGCACGCCUUCAAGAACAAUGUAAUGAAUACGAGGAUCGAAUCAAGCAAUUAAUCAAUGAAAGUAAAGGGUCAGUACCAUAUCGAAAUGUCGAACUACAAGACUUUAUUAAAAAGUGUCAACUACGAUUAACAGUGGAUUUACGAUCGCGAAGAUUAAAUGAUCGAGAUAUGGAGAUAGUUGUUGACGAAGCAAUGAAUAAAAAACAAUGUAAACGAUUAUUAUUAGAUCAAAACAAAAUUUCAUCUGAAGGAGCAUCGAUCAUAGCUGUUGGAUUAAAAGAUAAUACUACAUUAGAAACACUUAAUUUAGAAAAGAAUUCAAUUGGUGAUAAAGGUGUAAAAUCUUUGAGUAAUGUACUCUUAACAAAAAAUUCGACUCUUCAACGAUUCGAUAUUAAUGAAAAUAAUAUUACUAAUACCGGUGCACAAUAUCUUGCUGAAUUGUUAAAAAUAACAACAAAUUUAACCUGGUUGGGAUUACAUACAAAUGAUAUAGGUGAUCAAGGAAUUGAAUUAUUAGCUAAUACACUUGCAUAUCAUAAUCGUCAUCUCCAAGUAUUAGAUCUUUGUUUCAAUAAAUCCGUGACCGAUAAAUCUGUAGAAUCGCUCAUAAUAAUGGUUAAACAUAAUCGAUCGUUGAAACGAUUUCAUAUGUAUGGUUGCAAUUUGUCUGAAUCGGGCAGAGAUCGAAUACGUCUAGAAGCAAAAUCAAAUACCAUUUUACAAUUAUUAGAAAUAUGA